AUGCGUGCCGAUGACCAAGGGAUCGGUGCCCCAGCGCAAGGGGCUGCAGCGAUCUUGCCUAUGCUCUCGCCGAAAAACAUCGUGGCCAAGGUGUCGAAUUUGAACAUGCGCCUGCAGCACAUGAUUGAUAUCACGGCGCCGUUUCCUAUUCAGCGCUGGGGCAUCACGGGGGGGCUGUUGUUCCUCUUCAUGUUGCGGAUUAUUCUUAUGCAUGGCUGGUACAUUGUAUGCUAUGCGCUGUUCAUUUACCUGCUGAAUUUGUUUCUUGCAUUCCUGACGCCCAAAUUUGACCCGGCCUUUGAGUCCGACUUGGCCGCCCAAGACGUGGAAGAGGGCGAACCUGGUCUGCCUACCACGUUGUCAGGCGCUGGUGGCUCUGGUCUUAUGAGUGAUGUGUUUCACCCCACCGAUGCGAAGGAUCAGGACGAGUUCCGUCCAUUUAUACGGCGACUGCCCGAAUUCAAGUUUUGGAUUAGUGCAACACAAGCUAUUCUCGUGUCGCUGGGCGCCACCAUGUUCCGCGUAUUCGAUAUUCCCGUGUUUUGGCCCAUCUUGGUGCUGUACUUUGCUACGCUCUUUGUGAUUACUAUGCGCCGUCAGAUUGAACAUAUGAUACGCUACAAAUAUCUACCCUUUGACAUGGGCCGCAAGGCUCGCUACGGUCGCGGCUAA